AGAGAGAGAGAGAGAGAGAGAGAGAGAGAGAGGAAAGGGAGUGAGAGAGAGAAGAAAGAGAGUGAGGGAGAGAUGUUUAGUUUAAAUGCGCGGCGCAUACUUCCCGAGCGGUCGGCGUGACUACUUGCGGUUUACUGCAGGGCAACGGAAUGGCAUGAAAUAUCAACGACAGUGAUAAUUCCGUGGUAUCUUUAUCAAACACGGCAGAAAUCUGCGGUAAAUGUGUCUUAUCUCCCGUACAGUGAAGUCUCUCGCUUUUCCCCUUCGGACUGGAGACAUGUAUCGUCUCUGAACGGUCUCGGUUUUAUACCUGCUACGCUCACCAAGUUUUCGUCUCAGCCACGGGGGAGUUUGUUUUCACUAUCAGUCCGAGAGUGCAUCAGUCCUUCUCUACAGAAGCUGAGUAGCCUAUCCCAUUCCCAUCGGCUACCCGCUCCCAACACCUGUGAGGGGUGUCAAGUUGAGCCGUUCUUUCCGCUGUGAUGAUCCCAAGGUGAGCAGAGAAAGCUGACCAGCAUCCUCUUCGGUCUGUCAAUCCCCCAGCCCUCUCCUGGACAUCUGAUUGGAGGAAAGUCCUGAGUCAGAGGGGAAAGAAAAUGUCCGCCGCUAUGAGCGCAGUGUCCUUCCUGCCCUUCGUCCUCCUCCUGGCCAUGAUACCAGGUCUUCACUCAGUGCAAUCAGACUGCAUCCUCAAGCUAGAGCAAGAGAAAUGCAUGGAGAGGAUCACCUCAGACGACCCCGGAAACGACCCAGAGUUCGGGUGCCCAUGGAUGUGGGAUAACCUGACAUGCUGGCAGCCAGCGAGGGUGGGGGACGUGGUGGAGGUCAACUGCCCCGAGCUCUUCCACGAGUUCCUCAAUGAAGGAGAGGAAGAGCUGGGGACCGUGAGUCGGAACUGUACAGAGUUCGGAUGGGCGGAAACGUUUCCUCACUACGUGGACGCCUGUCUCUUGGACAGCAGCAACGACACAGACAUGUACUACGUGUCAGUGAAAGCCUUGUACACGGUUGGGUACAGCACUUCUCUGGUCUCCCUGACAACUGCCAUGGUCAUUCUCUGCAGGUUCAGGAAGCUACAUUGCACCAGGAACUUCAUCCACAUGAACCUGUUUGUGUCGUUCAUCCUGAGAGCCAUCUCGGUGUUCAUCAAAGACGGCGUGCUUUACGCCAAGGAGGACAGCGAACACUGCUUCAUACGCACUGUGGAGUGCAAGGCAGUGAUGGUGUUCUUUCAUUACUGCGUGCUAUCGAACUACUUCUGGCUGUUCAUAGAGGGCUUGUACCUGUUCACCCUGCUGGUGGAGACCUUUUUCCCAGAGAGAAGAUACUUCUACUGGUACACCAUCAUUGGCUGGGGGACACCCACAGUGUGUGUGACCAUAUGGGCCGUUCUCCGGCUGCACUUUGACGAUAAAGGGUGUUGGGACAUGAAUGACAACUCUGUCAUCUGGUGGAUGAUUAAAGGACCCGUUCUGGCCUCGAUCAUGAUCAACUUUGUCCUCUUCAUCGGUAUCAUCGUCAUCCUCGUCCAGAAACUGCAGUCUCCAGACAUUGGUGGAAAUGAAUCCAGUAUUUACCUGAGGCUGGCCCGCUCCACGCUGCUGCUCAUCCCUCUGUUUGGGAUCCACUACACCGUGUUCGCCUUCUCCCCUGAAAACGUCAGCAAGAGAGAGAGGCUGGUGUUUGAGCUGGGCCUCGGCUCCUUCCAGGGCUUUGUCGUGGCUGUGCUCUACUGCUUUCUGAACGGAGAGUAUCUCCCCGAAGGUGCAGUCGGAGAUCAAGAGGAAAUGGCGCAGCUGGACGGUGAACCGAUACUUUGCUGUGGACCUGAAGCACCGGCACCCUUCGCUGGCCAGCAGCGGAGUGAACGGGGGCACGCAGCUCUCCAUCCUGAGCAAGAGCAGCUCCCAGAUCCGCAUGUCCAGCCUGCAGGCCGAGACCCCCGCCACCUGAGCCCCCCAGGGCCCGCCGGCCCCCCCGCCAGCCACUUCCACACCGGACCUGACACCCCUGAGACCCUCUCCACCUCCACCAUCGACCUCCCCUCCACCACCGACCUCCCCUCCGUCUCCACCGCUGACCUUCCCAUCACCACCCCCACACACGCCCCAGUACUCUCGAGCCAUCGUGGCGCCAAUCCCCGCCCAGAACCAAACCCACUGGAUGAAGACCCAACCGCUACGACCGUGCCCAUAGUUUGACCCCCAAACUCAACUGGCUCCUCACACACAGCCCAUAAACUAACGUACAUCACAUAAACCUCACAUUGAUUACAUUUAUCAUAGGAAAAAACGACGACAACAACAGGCUAUCUGACCCAAACAAACCCAAUGUCCCUUCCUGACUUUGAAGCCACCCCAGUAGCUAGCCCCACCAUGCUGGGGCGCAGUUGGGACUCUGCCCGGUUACAAGCGUUUUACUGGUGGAGCUGCCAGCCAUGUGGGUGGGGCCGCACUCUGAAUGUGAACCAAUUGCAGGAGCCCUAUGAAAAAGGAACAUAAAUAUUACCUGCCCUGUACUGUAUAUAUGUAGUGUUCAUGUCACACCUAAAUGAAAAAGUGAACUAUUGUGGUGCUGGGACACCAGCCUAGACGCAUUCAUCAUGCCGUCCGGUCAAAACAGGCCAUAUUUCUUACCUUGUUUUGUUUUUCCUACUCAAAAUGUCAUGGUUUCAAGGUUGGCUAUCACCGUUGCGAUGACAACUCAGACAUCAGCAUGACAGAGUUCCGAAUCUGGAGUGGCAAGAGGUCACAUAACAUUGUGUAUGUCAUCGAUCAGUCGACCAAUGAGCUGAUAACAAUCGCCUGGUUGAAAGAUUGAAGCCAGGGGUGUAACCCUUGCAAGAACAUGUCCGCAACCAACUUCAACGACUGAAUUAAGCAACUCGGGCCUGAGAACGGAAUAAGUCUCAAAGGUCAGUGAGAAAGACACUCGAUUAACCAGGAAAGUGGAAUAAGAAGGCAAACUCUGUAUCACUAGCAGUUUUCUACUUAAAUUACAGUUCUUGGUAUUGGAGUUUUAAAACGUCAUCCACUUGUCCCAGUAAAAGCUGUGAUCAUUGAGGUGUUCUGAUUGGAUGACACCUCACUAGUGCUACUUUCCUCUAUCCUGCCAGAAAAAUGGAUGUUACGGUAUAUUCCCUUCGGCCAAAGUAACAAGCAUUAUUUACAAGGGAGGCACAGUAUAUUUUCUACCAUUUAACAAAAUGCCAAAAACAUUGAUUAUUGUUCGAUGCCUGCCUUAAAGCAUCUUCUAUGGAUGUUUGCAACAGGUAGCCUACAAUGCUAAGGUUUGUCAACUACGACCAUUUGUCUACAAUAGAUCUUGUUAAAUCUCAGCAUUUGGGGUAAUUACCUGAGGUGUGAGUGCUAACAGUUUUAAAACAGCCGCUAGUACAGAAAAUGUCAAUAAGAAAUGACUCAUAAGUGGUAUUAUGGGUCCAAUGUAAUAUGGAAUGGUUUUGCAUGAAUAAGUUAUUUUAUUUUAAUUUUUUUCAACUGGUUCUCGUUCUGUUGUGAUAUCACAUCUGAUAUUCAGGAGGCAAGGCUGUAUUACCUUUCAAUUUUACUUGGCAGUUUGAAAGCAAAGUCUUUUUAGAAGUAUGGGAUGUACAUUGAACAGGAAAUUAAUUUAUGGGAGUCAGAUGGCUGAGCGGUGAGGAAAUCGGGCUAGUAAUCAGAAGGUUGCUGGAUCGAUUCCCCGCCGU